CUGCUGGUCACUGUGAGUUGCUUCGGGUCCACGGAGGGAAAGGGGAAGGCGACGGGCGUCGAUGAACUCCAGCUUCCCACGGUCUCCCUCCCCGGUCCUCCUCAACAUAGGAGGGAAGAAAUAUGCAACAACAAUCGAUACACUUACUCAGCGUGAUCCUGAUUCCAUGCUUGCAGCAAUGUUUAGUGGCCGGCAUACUAUUUCUUGUGAUUCUGAAACGGGGACAGUAUUUGUUGAUAGGGAUGGGAAACAUUUCAGGCAUAUUCUGAAUUGGUUGAGAGAUGGGGUCCUUCCCAUGCUCAAAGACUCAGAAUAUCAAGAGCUGUUGCGGGAGGCUGAAUACUAUCAGCUACUUGGAUUGGUUGACCAUAUAAACACAUAUUUGAAUAAGAAAAAGGAUGAAGAUGGCUCAGGACCUGAAUUAACACGUACAGAGAUCAUCAAAUGCAUUCAGUCUGAGAGAGUGAGAUUUCGAGGCGUGAAUCUUUCCGGUCUUAAUCUUUCUAAACUAGACCUAUCAUUUGUUGACUUCAGUUUUGCAUGUAUCCAAAAAACCAACUUUUCAAAUGCAAAUCUCCAGAAAGCCAAAUUGGGGGAUGUGCAAGCAGAAGGUUCGAUUUUUCAAGAGGCAAAUUUGCGUGAAUGCGAGUUUAUUGGGGCAAAUCUUCGUGCAGUUGUAUUGGAUAAAGCUAAUCUUCAGAGUGCAAAUCUGCAAGAUGCAGACUUGAUAAACUGUAGCUUCUGUGAAGCAGACCUUCGUACGGCACAUUUGCAGGGUGCAAAGCUUACGGAUGCCAAUCUUCAAGGAGCUAAUCUGGAAGGAGCCAAUCUAAAGGGUGCAAAGCUGAAUGGUGCAAAUUUGCAGGGUGCAAAUCUUCAACGGGCUUACUUGCGGGAUGUUGAUUUACGUGAUACGGAAGGAUUGAAUUACUACGUGCUGGUUUCAUGCCAGCAUGGGGCAGUGGUAUGUGUUGCGCUAGUGUUUGGCAUGCACGAGCAUCACGGCAUGCCAUGAACUGGCACAGAUUUGGUACUGUGCCAGUGCUGCAUCUGAAAUUGGAUGGAGCUAAGCUUGGUGGUGCAAAUCUACUGGGAGCCAUCAGGUGAUUCAGUGGCAGCAGAAUAUUCAACAGAGCUUUCCAUCCAAGGAAACAUGAGCAAUUUAUACAUUAACCUUGGCUUGGGACUGCAAAUGUUCUAUGAGAUGGUCUCUUAGUCUCCUUGAGCUGUACAACUUUGAAUAUUGCUUUCCGAUGAUGAAGAAAUUGGUGGUUUUAUUGUUUUGUUGUACAAGAGCUGCUUGUAAUUAUGUCAUUGAAAUACAAUCGAGUUCAAAAGUGCGAACUAAAUGGGAGAAAAUUUGUAGUUGUGGAUAUAUUCUGAAAAUAGGAAAUGCAUUUGGAUUUAAGCUUUUUGUU